AUGCCAGAGCGAGUAAAUACAGAAGACAGAACACCUGCUCUUCGCAAUUUGCAAAAUGCAUCUGCCGAUGCCACCGAGGACGCUGGGACUUCUCCUGCUUCCUCCUCUAGCACUCCUGAGAACUCGCAAAAUCCCGGGACUCCCGGCGUGCGUCGGUCUAAAAGGGCCAUGGCUGUUCCUGAAUCAUCUCGUACUACUCGGCAGUCGGCCAGGUUCAAACCUUCUGACCUGGGCGAUGACACUCCUGAGAAAUCUAUUGAUGCUGAUGACACCGAGGAUGAUGGCUAUUCGCCUCACAAAGAAGCCCAUGAUGAGGACUUCGAUCCCCAGCCUCGUAUCAAGAAUGGUUCUCAAACUCCUGAGCCUGCCCGGCAUCAAUCGGACCGCUAUCAAACCGAUGAAGAUCACGAGAUGGCUGAUUCCGGCUCUGCAACGUAUGUUCAUGAUAGUCUUGAUGAACCACCCCGUGGAAUGUUUUCUCCGCGUUUGGCACGCAAGCGCAAAUCCAUUGAAAUGAAGGACGAAAGCCAGGAUGCAGAGUCGUUCGGUAUCUCGGAAAUCGCCAACAAGAAGCCUAAGCUCGAAGAAGAUGCAGAACCUACUCCCGAAAGUGCCUUGGCAAAUGGCAAAGAAACUGGAUCUCUUUCUGAAAACACCAUUGACGGACCCGCCGAAGAGAAUGCUUUCGUAGUUGCUCCCGCCCGAGGCCGAGGUCGAGGACGUGGAAGUCGUGGUGGUUGGCGAGGCCGUGGUCGGGGUCGAGGUCGUGGUCGCGGCAGUCGAGGGGGGGCCAUUGGACCCAUUCGAUCGACUGUUGUUCGCGCACGCGGUCGAGGCCGAGGCCGGGCUCGUGCAUCAGCAGCAGCCCUCCGACGCGGUGGCAAGAGAAUCGAAGAUGAGAUUUGGGAUAGCGAGAGUCGCCGACGAUCGCCUUCGCCUAUACCAUCUACGCGGCCGAUUAAAGAUCGACAGGAUGAGCUCGCAGCACUUUUCAAGAAGGUUGGACAGGCACAGCAGCUCGCACUUAGUGUACUGGCGGACCAUUCUAUGACGAAGAUUGUGCGAGACAAGUUCGCCCAUAAGGAAUGUCCCGAAUUUAUACAGAUCCAGAAGGAACUUGCCGACUACGAGCGCAAGGCCUUGCUUCGAUACCGCGAGCAAUACGACUUGAAGGUUGAUAGUGCAGAAAAGGUCUACGUGGGGGAGGUCUUCAAUAUAACGGAGCGAGCGAGGACUGACGGUUCCGACCCUGAUGCCGAAGAACCACAAUACCUCUUCCGAAUCGGCAAGGCUGGAAUUAGAGAGGUCGAGCGCGGGUACGUUGCAGAAGCCGUUCGUAUCCCCGAGGGUGCGGCUGCCCACGAACGUGGUGCCAAUAUGUGGGAGGACUUUAUGAAGAAGGUCCAACUGGGCGAGGACCUCAACCCCCAGAUGCGUGCUCUGGAUGGUAUAGUGGAGCAGUCAGUCCAAGAGAACAUCGAGCGAUCUUUGGAGUCUCUCCUUAAUGCCGUCCAAGUGAUCUGCGACCAAGAAAAUGGCAAGAUUCAAGACGCAUCGCCCAAGGCGCUGUCAAUGCUGGCCGAUACGGCACUUGCCGAACCACCGACUCCGCAUCUCCCACAGAUGCGCACCGAUCCUAAUAUGCAGCACUCCCAUCGUGCACUCCUCCCCACGCCCUCUCAAGUUCAGCCUCAGCUUCCGCCUCCACCUCCCGGCAUGGCGCAUGGCCCCACCGAUCCCCGAUCUUUCAUUCUUCCUCGACCUUCCCCGAUUCUCUCUCAGCCUCGUCAUCUCCUCCCAGCACGCGGGCAACUCGGCUUGCCGGAUCCAUUCUCUAUGAACGGACCUCCGCAGCUGCCGCCGCCCCCGGGCUCGAAUUUCCGCAGUCUGCCUCUCCCCAAUUAUCUUCCACCCCCUGGACACCCGCAACAACCGGGUCCUCCAGGUCCCGCCCCCAUGUACUAUCCACCGCCACAUGGGCAUGGACAUGGGCCACCGCCUCCUCCACCUCGUCGAUACUAA